GCUCCUUCCACAGGAAGCUACACCGACAGAAACUCCAGGAUGCUUUUUCUCUUUCUGCUGGGCACAGUGUUUCUGUUAUGCCCAUAUUCAUGUGAAUUUCGUGGCUCUCUAAAAGACACUAGACUACUGUGUUAUAAAUGUAAAAUAUAUCACCUCGGGUUAUGCUAUGAUGUCAUGUCGUCCUGCUCUCUGAAGCGUAAGCAGUCUUGUGCAGUUGAGAACUUUUACGUACUUACAAGCAAAGGACAGAGCAUGUAUCAUUAUUCAAAACUGUCGUGUAUGACCAACUGUGAGGACAUCAACUUCUUGGGGUUCGAAAAGAGGACAGAGCUCAUCUGUUGUAAUGAUAGCAACUUUUGCAACCUCCCCGAUGGGCUUUAGUUCUACAUCUCUCCUUUUCAACCCACUACCCCCUUUUUCUCUUCCUCUGAACCUGAAUUUUGUUUGCUCUCCUCUUCCAUGCAAUGGUAGAGGGAGAAAACCAGCUGGUAGUGAAAAGACAAGCAGGCAUACAGAGACGCAUUGUGGGCAGCAGAGCCUGAUGAUGGAGCACUAGACUCACUCUUUGCACAUCCCUGUCUCUCACAGGUGGCAGGGGGUUUCCUUUCCUUAUGUGAUACUGCCGUGAAUAAACUCAGACUUGAUCAUUUAUUAUCUCCUGUAUAAAAAUGUAAACACUUGGGCCAAAAUAAUCCCCAAUUUGCACUGAGAAUUCUGUGACUAUCCUUUAUCCUCAUCUACACACACUCCUGUUGGUUGGGAUUCUCUUUAGAUUAGCCCUGACACUUUCUGGCACUGUCCUUUUUUGCCCAUGGGUUUUGGAGAGGGCUAAUCCCAGCUUCACAGUGUGUUGGUAGCCUGGGCCAAGUCUUUCUCUGAUCGAAUUCUUGGGGGAAUCUCAGGGCAGAAGAAAACUGGACAGACAUAGGGAUGAGGCAUCAAAGAAAAUUUCAGGGAGCAUUUCAGUUGGUAAAAACAGAUUUGAGAGAUAACUUGAUGUGGGUGGAAGUGGCUUGAAUUAUCAUUGCCUUGGCUGGCCAGGCAGCCUUGGGCACAUGGUUGAACUAGGUGAUUGGAUUGGAACGGAGUGUUUUUUAAGGAUGGCUAGUCAUGCCUUUCUCAUGGGAAUGAGGGAAAAAAAUGCUGAUAAUGUGGCAGGUGGCAUGGUAGUUAAAGAUCAUAGGAUGUAAAUAGAUAACAUGAGGCAGUGCUGAAGUAACAGAGCACCCUGUGUAAGAGAAAGUUAUAAGCACACAGAAAGUGUGAGAAAGGUAGCACAUAGGUAACAGUGGUGGGAAGGGAAACAGGCAGACACAGAAGGAAACAGAUAGGAAGAGAAACCGAGUAGCAUUGACGUUAGAGCACUCCUGUGGCCAAGAUGGCACGUUUUCCUUGAAUACAAACUAACCCUGGCAUUUCUGUCCUUAUGAAGCUGACUGCACUUAAAACCUAGAUGACGGAUUGAUAAGUGCAGCAAACCACCAUGGCACAUAUAUACCAAUGUAACAAAUCUGCACAUUCUGUAUAUGUAUCCCAGAACUUAAAGUAAAAUUAAAAAUAAAUAAAUAAAAGAAAGCCAGAAAAAGUUGGCCAAAAAAUCUGAACAGAAAAA